AUGCCCACUAAGUAUACUGCUUCUUCGCAUGGCACCAAUAGGCGUCUGGCUUUAUUACUGAUUUUUGCUUUGGACUCAUUAGGUGUUUGUUUUCGAGCUCAAAUUAGGUUCUCGCAAAUCAUCAUGCUCAACGACCGCCUAUCCAAGACUGUUGAUGACAACACGGUCGAGAUCGCCAAUCUUAAGAAGAGUUUGAGUGAUGGCAGGGAGGGAGGGAGGCACUAA